AUGAAUGAACCUAAUCAAAAACUGUUGAACCAUGAGAAAACGAAUGAACCUAAUCAAAAACUAUUGAACCACGAGAACAUGAAUGUACUUAAUCAAGAACCAAUGGACCAUGAUAAAAAUAAUGAACCUGAUCAAGUACCAUUGGAUAAUGAUAAAAGUACUGAUCAAUUUAGAAGUUUGUUGCAGUACGGUACGUGCCCGGUGUGUCGUAGAUACUUCUGUCCCGGUGAGCUUCAUUUAMCGCGGGAACGAGUCGGUGUUUUUCGGUCCAUAGUCCGUCGGUUGCACCGCACGCUCUGUUCGCCGUUGUUCUAUUUCUUUCCUAAUCUCGAAUUUUCUCAUUCUAUGAACAAUAGACGUCGGGCGACGCCUAUGUACAGAUUCAUACGUGCGGAGCGAGUGAUAUCGCCACUAGAACCCGUCGAGAGCGAAUCCAAUGAAAUUAUCGACGACUACAUAUUUUGCCACGUCAUGUUCGUCUUACAGAACACUAACAACGAACAGCAUCCCGGCUCACCCAACACCAUAGCCGCAAACAUGCGCAGGCGCUUUAGUCGCUUUCACCAUGAACCCGACGGAAAUCUUGGAGCUGCAGGCGAAAACCCACUGCCCCAACGAUCGGGAUUUCAUUUUCCUGCUGAUGUCCUCUCCACAGAGUACMUAGGUCAUUACUAG